UAGUUUUAUUGACAUUAAAUAUUUGAAGUGUAACGUGGGGAUUUCGCGUGCCCGCUCCGUGCUGCUGUCAGUCCCCCCGCGUCACCGAUCGCAGGGCUUCGCUGUUGUUAUAUCAGAGCAGAGCGGGGAUUUUAAAUGACCCGCGUUCACGGCCCCUUAACGACUGCUGGCGGGUUAUAAGACAAGGCGCAAAGAUACUGGCGCCAGCUCAGAGCGAGAGGACUGCGGAACACAGCACAGCUUAGCCAUAUGCGCCCUGCUUACCUCUUACUGGAGCGGUUUUACUAAAUAAUGACUUGUGUAACACCAUCCUAACUUUAGCAUUAAAGGACAUCCGUGGAGAGAAGGCAUUUUCAGAGAGCAUCACAGGAAGGCUCUCGACACUCAAGAAGGUCACACGCGGGGAUAUCAUGCCAAGCAAGAAAGUGCUACGAACAGAGCAGGUUAACACUACAGAUGAAGCUCCUCCAACUGCUUCAGUGCGUCCCAGGAAGAGGAAAGCAGACGUGGCUAUUCAUUUACAAGAUCCAGAUGAAGAGAUCACAGAGAUGACCAGAAAGAAACCAUGUGCUUCCCAGGCCUGCUGGAAUCCCGACACUGGUUACACAAGCCCAUGCAGGCGGAUCCCCACACCUGAUGAAGUCGAGGAACCGGUUGCUGUUAGCAGCGUGGGAUUCACACAGUACGCCUCAGAAAACAUCUUCAUCACCCCUACGCGCUCUACCCCUCUGCCGGCCCUCUGCUGGGCAAGCAAAGAUGACGUGUGGAACAACCUUCUCAGAAAAGACCAACUCUACCUGCGAGAUACACAUGUUAUGGAGAGACAUCCAAAUCUUCAACCUAAAAUGAGAGCGAUUCUGCUGGAUUGGCUAAUGGAGGUUUGUGAGGUUUAUAAGUUACACCGAGAGACGUUUUACUUGGGUCAGGAUUACUUUGAUCGCUUCAUGGCCACACAAGACGAUGUUCUCAAAACAACACUACAGCUCAUAGGCAUCUCCUGUCUCUUCAUCGCUGCCAAAAUGGAGGAAAUUUACCCUCCUAAGGUGCAUCAGUUUGCUUACGUUUCUGAUGGGGCCUGCACAGAGGAUGACAUUCUUAGCAUGGAGAUUAUCAUCAUGAAGGAGUUGAAUUGGAGUUUGAGUCCUUUAACCCCGGUGGCUUGGCUCAACAUCUACAUGCAGAUGGCCUAUCUGAAGGAGACCGCUCAAGUUCUCAUGGCCCAGUACCCACAGGCUACAUUUGUGCAGAUUGCAGAACUUUUGGAUCUGUGUAUAUUGGAUGUAAGAAGUCUGGAGUUCUCUUCUGGUCUUCUCGCAGCCUCUGCACUCUUCCACUUCUCUUCUCUAGAGCUAGUGAUGAAAGUUUCAGGGCUGAAGUGGUGUGACUUGGAGGAGUGUGUGAGAUGGAUGGUCCCUUUCGCCAUGUCAAUCCGUGAAGCAGGCAGCUCGCCCCUCAAAACAUUCAAAGGAGUCGCAGCAGAUGAUCUGCACAAUAUCCAGACCCAUGUGCCUUACUUGGAAUGGCUGGGAAGAGUGCACUCGUAUCAGCUAGUGGACAUUGAGAGCAGUCAGAGGUCUCCAGUUCCCUCUGGAGUGCUCACACCACCACCCAGCAGUGAGAAGCCCGAGAGCACCAGCUCCUGACUGUUAAUGUAUGGAAUAGGACCCGACCCUGACUGAUGCGUUUAAAUCAAAAUCAACAAAUCAAUGGCAUUACUGCUUGAACCCAAGCAUCAAUUCACAUGCAUAAGACUCAAGACCAAAAAGUCCUAUGCCGCCUCCUUUUUUUUUUUUUUUUUUUUUUUAUUAUCUCCUUUAUGCGAGACUUGCAAGACAUGAAAUACUUUUUUGUUUUAAUGGUCCAAAGGUUUGGUGUCUUUAUUUUUAUUUUUAUUUUAAGUUUCCAAAUGUAGACUACCUGCCAAAAUCUCAGAGCUGCUGCUGGCUCUGAUUGCUGCUAAAAGAGGGUGGGACUGGAGCAGAUGGAAAGAUGACCACAGAGAUCCCCACACAAAUAUGGGCAUGGGUUUCUGGGGCUCAGGUUGCCAUUUGGACCAGGAAAUCCUGACAGGUUGUCUCUCGAGUCUCCAAUGCCAGAAAGGACCGGAGAAAUCAUCGGCUUCAGAAGCUAGGACUCGGUUUUUAUAUUUUAAGAUUUUCCUCUGGUCGCCUCCCAAGUGUUUGUAACCAAAUUUGACCGGUCACUUUUAUAUAGGUUUAUUUUUAAACAAGAUGCUGCUACAUUUCUCUAUAUCAUAUGUCUAAAUAAAGCCACUGUCUCAGACAGUUUUUACGUAAA